AUAUUAUUUUGUGCAUCCAAGACUAGACGAAUCUCAACCAAUCAAAUACGUCUGAUCCAUUCAGCCCUUGCGAAAAUUAAAACAUGGCGUCCACUGUUGCUGUAGAACUUCCACACGGUGGUUUUUCUUUUGAUAACUGUAAAAGAAAUGCGUUACUCGAAGAUAAGGGAUUCAAAGCACCAAAAGCCUACAAGACUGGAACAACAAUCGCUGGAAUUAUUUUUAAGGAUGGAGUUGUAUUGGGAGCUGAUACUCGUGCCACAGAAGAUACAGUUGUAGCUGACAAAAACUGUGAAAAAAUCCAUUAUAUUUCAUCUAAUAUUUAUUGUUGUGGUGCUGGUACAGCAGCUGAUACGGAGAUGACAACUCAAAUGAUAGCCAGUAAACUAGAACUACAUCGUUUAGAAACAAGUCGUAAACCUAGAGUCUGUACAGCCAACAGAUUACUAAAACAAAUGUUAUACAGAUAUCAUGGUUAUAUUAGUGCAGCUUUAGUAUUAGGUGGUGUUGAUUCUACUGGUCCUCAUUUAUACAGUGUAUGGCCACAUGGUUCAACAGAUAAAUUACCAUAUGUUACCAUGGGAUCUGGUUCAUUAGCAGCUAUGGCCGUAUUUGAAGAUCGUUUUAGACCAGAAAUGGAGAGAGAGGAAGCUAUGAAGUUAGUACAAGAUGCUAUAAGGGCUGGUAUAUUUAAUGAUUUAGGUUCUGGUAGUAAUGUAGAUCUUUGUAUAAUAACUAAGGAUAAAACAGAUUAUCUGAGAACUUAUCAAGAAGCCAAUCUCAAGGGUGUAAGACAAGGAUCUUACCGAUAUAAAAGAGGCACAUCGGCUGUACUAAAAACAGAAGUUAAAAAGAUUGAGCUGGAAGUUAUAGAUACCCAGGUUAAACCUCAAGCUAUGGAUACGGAUUAAUCCAUCAGACGUUAUUUAUCAUGUUUCAUUUUUCAAAAUGUUCAUCAAGACGAGAAACUAAAGUUUCUGACAAGUAAAAUUUAAUACAAGACAUCAAUAUGCGAGAGGACUUUAAUUUACUAGAACUCUUUGAAUUAAUACAUACUUAAUUUGAAUAGUGUUAUUAACUUUGCCGGUUGGCAAACUGCUGUAUAUGCAGGUGUCAAGGCAAUUUUUCACAGCACUUAUAAAGCCAUACUAGAACAAUUCUUGGAGUUAUCUCCCCUAAAAUGUAAGAUUUGAUUUCAUUUCGGAUAAGUUUGUUUAUUAGUCUUUAAAGGAAAGGCCCAUCUUUCAUUUUGACCCUUAAUCUAAAAUACACACCCACUUAUUUUCUGUUGCUUUGGUCCGACACCGCUUUAAUCUGAAGACACAAACAGUAAUGUUUCUUUGUUAUCAAAACUAUGUGUAAAAUCUUUUCUGCCGAUUUGAAAGUAAAUCUUGGUAAGAUGAAAGCUAGUAUCAAAUUUAUUAUGUUUUAAUUGUCAAGAGUAAUAUACUGUUAUAUCUAUGGUUUUCUUGUGGAAGAACAAAUAAAACAAGUGCUAUAUGGGUGUCAUCUUCGAUAUGAAAUAAAUGUUAUUUUUCA